AGCUGUUAUUUAAAGGUUUCCAAGAAGCAAAACUGAAAGUGUGUCAUCUCUUCAGCUGCAGAGACAAAAUGCUGCUCCUCCUGAUACUUACCGGGUUGCUGUUUGAAGCCUCAAUGUCACAGAUCACCAGUCAUGGAAACAAAACAGCUGACUAUGGGAAGGAUGCAUACUACAGCUGUAAAAUAGAGAACCCAGCAGGUGUGCUGCAGGUCACGUGGCAGAGACUUUUCAGAGAUGACUCCAUUGAGAAUUUGGCCACUUUCAGCAAACGCUUUGGAGAGCAAGUAAAUCAACCUUACGUUGGGAAAAUAGUCUUCACAGAGGCGUCUCUGAGCUCAACGUCCAUCACUGUGAAGAACGUAACGUGGGAAGAUGAAGCCUGUUAUAUUUGCUCCUUCAACGUUUAUCCUGAGGGGUCUCAAAGGAAGCAGAUAUGUCCUACAGUGGAAGGAAUUUCAGAGGAGGAAACAAAAGAUCUUUCUCCCAGCAGGGAACAAAAGGAGUUUGAAGAGGAAGUGGAAAUUGUGGUUGGCUGCUCGGGAACAGGUAAACCAGCUCCCACCAUUCAGUGGACCUUCCCUUCUGACGCAACACGUUUAGACAAACCAGAGACUGCUGUCACCGCAAACGGGACCGGACGUUUACGAGCAGCAGCAACAUCACUCUGCAGGUCCCUUCUGACUGGAACGGCAAUGUGGACUGUGUGCUGA